ACAACCAAGGUAUGAUGGUGCUCCAAACUGUCGGGGACAAUCUGUUCAACGAAAGACUCCAGCAGAACAAUCUGAAAGGCCUAUAUCCUUCCAAACUGCAACGUCGAACGCUCGCUCCUCGAUCCAGUCGAUUACAAGCUCAGAAACCGUAACAAAAGACGACCCGGAGACACCAGACUCAGCAGGCAAGGAUGAGAACAGGGAUUCGGAUAAUGAGACGUCGAUGUCAACGGAUCAGCAAGUACGAACACUUGUAGAUGAGCUACGGAAGGUUCAACAGGAUAAGAGAGCACUUGAAAAGAAUCUCAACAAGGCAGAAAGGGAGAUUGACGACCUCAACAUCCAACUUGACGAAGCACAGGAGCGAGCCAUUCAGGCUCCGUGUGACCCUACGACGACAGAGGCAUACUGCAAUCUGGCAUCGAUUCUCCGCGACCGCCGGGCUCAAUGCGAGGAGCUUCGUAUUCAGCUGAAACAAUCGCAAAAGCGAGAGCAGGAGCUUGAACAACAGCUACACCAAGCAAGACAGAACGUUGAGCAUAACGAGAAUAUCAUUGGGUAUUUGAAUGGUCAACUGAGUGCUGCGACGCUCGAGAGGGACCAGAAUGCUCGGACCGCCGCGGCAUUGCAGUAUCAGCUGCACAAUUCUCGACAACAACAAGGUGUACAAGCCGACCAUCUCGGGAACCUGACAAAUGCGCUUAACCACGCAAAUCAAGACCGAGCGAGGUUUGCAAGUCUUGCAGAACAGUUGCAAGAGCAGCUCCGGGAACGUCAAAAUACCGCCGACAACUUGAAAACUAAUAGAGAUCUUACACGUUACCAGAGCCCGGAUAUGACUGCGAGGAGUACAUCGACGAUCACGGUGGAGAAAUUUGAUGGAAAGCUGAGCAAAGUUAAGCGCACAACAAAACAGAACGGACAGCUUUCCGGGUAGCGGGUUGAUUGAGAGACCAUUACAGCACAAUGAGAUGAGACUACCAGAUGACAGGCUUGUCACGGUUCU